AUGGCGAAGUUAAAGGAAGCAAAAGUAUUUCGUGAUUUUGUAACUGAGGUAGAGAAAUCGCCUGUGUUUAGUAACAGCCUUCAGAAUUGCGAAUUACUAUUAGAUGAUAAUAAUGAAGCUUUAGGUUUACAUAAAAUUUUUGAAAUUAAUAUAAAAGACAAUGAUAAUGAAAAUAUAACAGUUGGAGUGAAUGGCGAAGCUGGUCAAAGUGAGACAGAACCAAACGACGGCGAAAGUGUUUCAGGCGAGAUUCCUGAUGCAAAUAUUAAUCAAGAUAUAAUAAAUUAUGUUUAUGAAAAUUUGCUAGCAAAAGAAACAAAAAAUGGAAGCUCAUCGAAUGAUUUGGAUCCAAAUGACAAAGUUGUAAAAAAUUUAAGGGCAACUUCGAAAAACGAAGAAUUAGAUGAUAAUGAUGAAAAAAAUGCUUCAUCUAGCACACAAAUGGAAGAAAUUCAUGAAAGAAAUUGUACUAUAAUAAAAAAAGACAAAGACAAACUUUCAUUACAAAGCCCCGUUUUAGUUGAAGGGAAAUGCUUCAUAUCAAAUAAUAGCAUUUAUUUCGUUUCAGCGUUUAAUCAAAUACUAAAAAAUUCAUCGAUUGUUAGAGUAAAAUGUGAAUCAAUCCUAUCAAUUAAAAGAGCUCAAGAAUUGAAUAUAAUUCCUGAAUGGCUUAAAAUAAAACCAGAUGAAAACCAAUCAUUUGUGUUUACAUCAUUAUUAGAUAAAGACGAUACAUAUGAUUCUAUAUCGAAUAUGAUAGAAUAUGCAAUGGAUUCAAAACAAAAAUUGGAAACAAAUCCUACACCAGAUAAUCAAACAGAAACGAAAAAGCAAAAGAACAAUCUAGAUUCAAAUGACAUAAAACCUUCUUCCGAAUUGUCGGAAAAAGUUUUAAUUAUAAAGGAUAUUGAUAAUGUGAUACCUCUAAAUUUAUAUCCCGAAGAAAUUAAAUUAUUAGAAGAAAAAGAAUUUUAUAGUGAUUUAAAAUAUGCAAAUAGUUUAUAUAUAAAUAAACAUUUUAAAGAAAUUUAUUAUAACGUAUUUUCGAAAAUUAAUGAAAAAAAUCCAUUUUAUGAAUUUUAUAAACGAAUAGAUCCACAAGGUAUUAAUUAUGAUCAGUUUAAUGAAUUAAGUGAUAAUAUACAAACCCCAUCUGGAUAUUCAUUUAAUUUUAAAUAUAAUGUAUCAUUGAUAAAAGCUAAAAAAAAAGUAUACGGAUUACCUACAAGAUCAGAUGUUAAUGAAAAUGUCAAAUUAUUUUUUUUUGAUAAUUGUAUAAUUUUACAAACACAAAUUAACUUUAUAUCUAAAAUUCCAUUUCUUAAAUCUUUUCGUGCCAUCAUAACAGCUGUUUUACACAGUGUUCCUAGUGAAGACGAUAGCGGAAAACAUGCUACACAGAUAGACAUGUUGUAUGGUGCAUAUAUUUUUAAAUCCACAUAUUUCGAAAACUUUAUAAUAAAUAACCUUUUACCAUUAUUAAAUUCGAUUUGUUUAAAGUUUAAGGUAUGCGUAAGUGAAUGUAUAAGGGAUAUAUAUAAGGACAAGGCCUUGCGUGGAAUGGGUAUCGACAUUAGCAAUAUAAACACUAUUUUUAGAGCCUCUAAUAAUAACGAUUCCAAUAGUAGCAUCGACAUUAGCAAUAUAAACACUAUUUUUAGAGCCUCUAAUAAUAACGAUUCCAAUAGUAGCGAUGCCAGUAGUAGCGAUGCCAGUAGUAGCGAUGCCAGUAGUAGUGAUGCCAGUAGUAGUGAUGCCAGUAGUAGUGAUACCAAACAUCCUGAUGGUAAAAAUAAGACACUAACUGGAUUCAAAAAUCAGAUAAUAAAUCCACAAAAUAAUAAAAUGAUCAUAAAAAUGAAACACAUUAAAAAUAUCCUAAGCAAUUACAUAAGCGAAGCAAUGCAUAUGAAUCCUACGGUGACGAUUUCCAACAAAAUCGCAAACUUUACCUCCACGUCCUUAACAAUAUUGAUGUACAUUUAUAUGAACUAUAUUAAAAAUCAAGGAAAUUCAUCAUAA